AUGAAUGAUCAAAAACCUUAUUUAAUCUUGGAGCAUCCUCAUGCACAUAAUCCAGUCUUGAGUUUCAAACACUAAACGUUAUCAAACAAUGAUAAAAUAUGGAUCUCUCAUAUUAAAAUUAAAAAUCCCUUGGAAAAUAAUCAAAGUCUUGCCUUCAAGGUUAUGUCUACGGCUGCAGAACAGAUUAAAUCCUAUCCCUUCGUUGGAAUAUUAAAGGCAGGAGAAAGCAAAACAAUCAAAUUGAUUACCAAAGAGCCUAUUUUCGAUAAGGCUGUUAAAGUCAGGAUAAUCUCCAUGAAUAUUGAUAAACCGUAAGAAAUUAAGGAUUAGUAUGAAAUAAUGGACUAAUUUAAAUUGCUCAAGGAUUAAAUUAAGGAUCUUCCCUCGAUCUUCCUCUAAGUAUCAGAUUUCAUUUAAUCUGAAACUGUCUCUUAUAUUACUUUGCCAAGCGAUAGAAGAAUCCCUAUGUUUACAUCGCAUGCUUCAUAAAUCCAAAAUGGAGAUGGCACUCCUGCUUCUGCUGUUUUGAAAUCUACGAUUAGUUAACGAAAGCAAAAGGAUUCUUUGCAGAUAUCCCAAAACUUUUAAAUGGAACAAAAUAUAGGGGCUCUUCAGGAUCAACAAUAAGCUCUCAUCAAUGAGACUAGGGAAUUGAACAAAUAGAUAGUUCUUAUUAAAGCCAAAUAAAAUAUACCAUUUGAAGAGGAGAAGGAUGACUAAGUUAAAUUUACUUUGUUUUAAUUAAUUGUAAUAGCCUUAAUUAGCCUAUUGAUAGGGUUUUGUAUGCCUGAGUUUUGA